AUGCCCGCACCAGCAUCCUCGAAACGCAUUCGCAAUGUCCAGAUCUAUCGUCCCUUCAUCUUCGGCAGCGAAGCAACACCUUUCGCACCUGACAGACGUCCUGACAGUGCACCACCAGAUCACACUCACAAGUGGGCUGUUUUCGUGAAAGGCAUCCCGAUCGCAGACCCUUCAAUUCCUGGCGUCGUUCGCAAUACUGAUGUAACACACUGGCUUCGCAAAGUACAGUUCAAGCUUCACGACACGUACGCUAACUCCGUACGCAUGGUUGAGGCAGAUCCUAGCGGAAUUUUCAAAAUAGAGGAGACAGGAUGGGGCGAAUUUGAAAUCGCGAUCAAAUUCUAUUUCGUCCCUGAAAGUGGCGACAUCGAGAAGCAGAAAGCAGAGAGAAUGACGGUGAGAUCAAUAUGCUAUGAAGAGGUGGUGUUCAAUGAACCGGUCGAGGCUUUCUACGAUAUCCUGACUAGCGGUGCGGACAAACCAGUGGGUGGUAAAGGAAAGAAGACCUCCGAAGUCCCGAAACGAACAGCAGAGAUACCUUUGAGUAGUGGAGAUGGAAUAAUAUGGAGCAGGCAAGAAGAGGGAAAAGAGCUGGAUCGCCUGAGCGAGGCAGUGAAGAAGGUGGAGAAGAUGAUACAGGACGAGAAGGCGCAGCUGAUCGCCGAAGAGAAGAAGCUUGCUGAACUCGAGAAGACGGAAGGUAAAGUGCAGAAAAAGCGGUAG